UUUUUUAAUGUGAAUAUUGGUUCAGAUGACAAAGGGUGUUUUGAGCGCACCUCUAGGAGAGCACGUCUGAGUUUUGGCCUUAUUUACACUUCUCAGAGACAGGCUGUAUGAUGUCCUGAGGAUCAGGGUGCCUUGGUGUGGGUAAUUUAGGCUUGUUAGGACCCCUUUUGGUAGAGUAGGAGAGAAAAUGUGGCUCAAAAGGAGAUGAAAAAUGGGAAGAUGUGGCUUAUGAGUCAGGAGAUAGAAAAUGGCUGUAAAGAUUGAAGUAAGCCUGUUCAUGUAGCAGUAUUGGUCUGAUAUAUUUUAUGGUGUGUUAGACUUUAAUAUCCCUGUUUAUAUCCCACAUAACUUCUGCAUUUCUAGCUUCCUAAUUUCUGGAAGUGACUGUGGCAUUAUAUAGUUAAAUGGUAACUUAGAGAAGGCAAAGGACUAGGUACAUAUAUGUGCUUUUGCGCAAGAGAAACUCCUGUAUGGCAACAAAAAAUGUAAUACCUUUGUCUAAAACUACUUUUGGCAAUAAUGCUUCUGUCACGUACUUCUUCGUCAUUUGUGAAAGGCAUGCAUUUUUCCCAAUUAGCAAUAUGCGACCAAUUGAUCGCAAUUUGUUUUUAUCAACAGUACCUUAUUUGCUGUCCAUUGUUCUGUGUUACAGUAUACUGGGGGAUCUCAGGAGAAUUAGGAAGGAACUCCUGGCCAUGAAAGGAAGCGAUAGCAGAGAGGGUGAGGAUAGUAAUUGCUGCCAUGGAAACACAACUGUCUAAUGGACCAACUUGUAAUAACACAGCCCAUGGUUCAGCCACCAUAAACAAUUGCUCAUCACCAGUUGAUUCUGGGAACACAGAAGACAGCAAGACCAAUUUAAUAGUCAACUACCUUCCACAAAACAUGACACAAGAGGAACUGAAGAGUCUUUUUGGCAGCAUUGGGGAGAUAGAAUCCUGCAAGCUUGUCAGGGACAAAAUAACAGGACAGAGCUUGGGUUAUGGUUUUGUGAACUACGUUGACCCCAAGGAUGCCGAAAAAGCUAUCAAUACCCUGAAUGGAUUGAGACUUCAAACUAAGACUAUAAAGGUUUCUUAUGCACGACCAAGUUCAGCUUCUAUCAGAGAUGCAAAUUUGUAUGUUAGUGGACUUCCAAAAACAAUGACCCAGAAAGAACUGGAACAGCUCUUUUCCCAAUAUGGACGUAUUAUUACUUCUCGUAUUCUGGUUGACCAAGUCACUGGGGUGUCACGGGGCGUGGGGUUUAUCCGGUUUGACAAGCGAAUUGAAGCAGAAGAAGCUAUCAAGGGCUUGAAUGGCCAGAAACCUCCAGGUGGCACAGAGCCCAUCACUGUAAAGUUUGCUAACAAUCCCAGCCAAAAAACCAAUCAGGCCAUUCUUUCCCAGCUGUACCAUUCUCCAAACAGAAGGUAUCCCGCCCCUCUAGCUCAGCAAGCUCAACGUUUUAGGUUGGACAAUCUGCUCAACAUAGCUUAUGGAGUAAAGAGUAGGUUUCCUCCAAUGACCAUUGAUGGAAUGACCAGUUUGGCCGGAAUUAAUAUCCCUGGACAUGCAGGAACUGGGUGGUGCAUUUUUGUGUACAACUUGGCCCCUGAUGCUGAUGAGAGUAUCCUCUGGAAAAUGUUUGGACCCUUCGGAGCAGUGACCAAUGUGAAGGUCAUCCGUGACUUUAACACCAACAAGUGCAAAGGUUUUGGAUUUGUGACUAUGACAAACUAUGAUGAGGCAGCUAUGGCAAUAGCCAGCCUGAACGGAUACCGCCUUGGUGACAGAGUACUGCAGGUCUCCUUCAAAACAAACAAAACGCACAAAGCCUAACAAGUUAUUCUCAGUGCAUUAAUACAUGAAAACUAUACAACAAAGGCGAUUUACAGGAAUCUUUAUGCAUUAGUAAAUGCCUUUGUUGUAUGCCAGUGUGGAAAUGGGGAUAAAAUGACUACUUAGCAUCCUAAGAAUAUGUGAGAUUUUUUUAUUGCUACUAUUUGAAUUAGAACUUCUUAACUAUCUUUUGUGUUUGAGUAUUGACAAGAGGUACAGGGUUUUUACCUGUCACAAUGCGUAUUCUAUUGCCUUCUUUGAAGAAGGUGGACCUUUUAAAAUGUUUCAGCUAAGGGAAGAAUUUCUUUUUCUUUAUACAUGACUGCCUUUAAUAUGAGUAAAUAUUGAGGCUUUGUGUAAUACUAUUUUUUUUGUCAUUUCUUGAUUUGCUUUGUGUUUGAUUUACAUUGUAAUGCAAUAUUGUUUUGUUGUUCAAGAAAAGUGUCUAAGUUUACAUUUUAUUUAUAAAGUUAUAAGCAGUAUUUAUUUCAUCAUCUUCAUUUGGGUUGGGGAGUGGGAACACAUUAUAAAAGCUUAUUGUAAGAAUACUGGAGAACUUUUCGUAAAGCAGUACCUUGCCAAAGAGAUAAGAGCCUCUUUGAUGUGGGUUUAAAAAGCAUCUAUUUUUA